AAUCAGAAGCAAGCAGGGGCUUGGCGGGAGUCACGUAACAGUUUAACCUGAGUUAGGUGACUCAGUGGAGAAAAGUUUUCUGAUUUUUUGAAAAUAUUGUUCAGAUUUUUUUUAAUCAUGAGGAUUUGGUACACAGAAGGUUUGUACAGGGGCUCCGUGAUUGGUGGACCGCGAACUGCUCUGACCCAAAUUACGGACAAUGUCGCACACCGAAACUCAUGGUCCUCAAAGAGGAAGUCCUUGCCGGGUGCCAUGGCAAUGACUUUUGACCCCAUGAAAGAAGAAAAUAUUGAACCUAGUAUGGCAACCAUUGCCAUGACAACACAUGAGCCAAGGAAGUCCAGAUUACAUGGGAAGGAGGAGGGGGUGGAUGAUGACGAAGAAUGGGCAAAGAUUGAGGACAUAAUGGCAUCGUUUGGGGGUGGAAUUGCCAGGGAGUCUGUCUUUAUGAGAGAAAUGGAACCAGCCUUUCUGAAAAAGUUAGCUGAUAGUUUACAACAGUAUCCCGGACAGAUCCUGAGUGUGGGGGAAUGGCUGGACGAGAUCGGAUUGGGCCAAUACGAGAAUACCCUGGUGGCUAACGGAUUUGACCACACAGACUUUCUGGGGGAGAAGAUAAUGGAGGAUAGUGACCUUGAAGCUAUAGGAAUUACCUCAUUGGAACACAGGAAGAAGAUCCUGGACUCAGCCAAAUCACUUCCACAGCUCACCCCUAUAGACCCAGACAACCUCCCUGUGUCUGUGAGUGAGUGGUUAAAUUCCCUACAUCUGUCAGACAAGACAGAAACGUUCAUGAACAAGAACUUUGACACAAUGGAGCGUGUGAUGAAGCUCUGGGAGGUGGAACUGACCAGUGUGCUAGACAUCUCAGCCGUGGGACACAGGAAGAGAAUCCUAGCCUCACUGGCCAACAGGAAAAAACCCGAGAGACAGUUCUCUAGUCUGAAGAAGCGUACGAAGGAUGAGGAUAAGCCCUCAUCAGAACCAGAACUUAACCUCUACAAGGACUACACUAAGGUCAAACCUCUCGCCUCAUCCUCAGAGGAGGAAAACAAGGUAUCCCAGAAUUCCCUCCCAGACAGCAGCGAGGAUGAGGACGUCUUCCGCAAAGAACAGGGUAAAGCGUUAAGGGACAGUUCCAUACACAUCAGGCCUCCCCACCAGGCUAACACCGCUACCCCCAUCAAACAGUGGAGGCACCGGCCAGAAAUGUUGGUCAAGGGCUGCUGUAACUACUCCGCCCAGUAUCUGGGCUCCACACUAGUCAGGGAACUUGUAGGAACAGAGUCUACAAUAGAAGGAAUCACAAAACUAAAGAUGAAAUUUAGGAAAAAACUUCAGAAAUCAGCAGAAGUCAUCGCCAAAAUUCCCACCAUUUUGUUGUCAAUAUCCUACAAAGGAGUGAAAUUCAUUGACGCCAAGUCCAAGAAGGUGAUCUGUGACCACGAGAUAGGGAACAUCUUCUGUGCAUGCCAGGACGCCCAGAGUAUGAAUUUCUUCGCUUACAUCACACGGGAUAACCAGACAUCCAGACAUUAUUGCCAUGUGUUCAGUUGUCGGACAGCGGACCUAGCAAGGGAGGUAAUCCUGACCCUGGGAGAAGCGUUCGAGGUGGCCUACCAGAUGGCGCUGAAGGACAAAGCGAUGACGGAGGCAACGGAAUUCGAACAGAAACUGAGUCAGAGCGACACGGACGAUUCCAGUAUAUCCUCAUCUAAAGCCUCCAUACACACUGUCUGACACCUGUCCACAGCUUACAGGAAAAGAACAAAGAAGAAAUAUGCCCCCAGUGACCUUGAACCAUGGACUUCGUAGCAGCACAUCUAGGGCAAUAUAGAUACACAACAGAGUGCCAUAUAUAUCAUAAACAAUAAGUGACCAGUGGCCAUAUUGAACAAUUGGAACAAAGCUUUUGUACUGGUACAAGAUACUGCAGCAAUGCAGGAACAUGCCAUGCACAAAUAAACAAGGACAAGAGUCACUGUUUUAAUCCUGAAAUCAUCUGAGAAAAUCUUACUUAAAUAAUUCCAGAACUGAUACUUUAAAACAUGCAUGUCAUGUCUUAAAAAUGGACUUUUGAAGUUGGACUUCAAAAAUGAUGCAAAUCAAUAAAUUGGUCCUUUUUCCCUUUUUUCUGGACUGCACAUGCUGCAUAUGUGAACAUGUUACAUUAUUUGCUAAAAAAGAAUUGAACAUCAUGCCAUUUAUUUCUUCAAUUUUUACAGUCAUAUUUUCAAAUGAGAAUGAUUUUUAAAAAUUGACUGUAAAUCAUUUGCUUUGUUAAAAAGAUACUUUUCAAGCAUGUUUUGAAUUUAAGUGCUACAUGAAACCAACUAGCUGCUUUUUGAAAAUAAUUACUUAAUAUUUUGCAUUUGUAAACUUUAUUUCCAGUAAUCUGUACAUAUUUUAAUUUAUAUAUAGUCACAGGAUGUUUGGAACAGUAUACCCAUCUUGUAGAUACAGAAUUGACUGUAUGUGUAUAAUUCAGACUUGCAAUAAAUAAUGUACAUGUAAAUAUUUGUUUUAUAUGGUUGCAGAAGAAAGUUGCUUAAUAUUGGUGCUUUAUGUAAAUCCUUUUUUUAUCCAUACUUUGUGAUGUAAACAGAUAUUCGAGUGUUAUAAAAUAUGUAAUAUAUAAACUUUUAAGUUAAUAAAAUUGCACAAAGUAUUCAUGUGCAUAUUGUAAAUAUAUAUAUUUUCAUAAAAUUCAUUGCUUUAGAAAUGAAAGAAAUAAUCAUGAUAUGUUCUGAACAUAUGGGUCAUGAAGGCCAUAAUUUAAAAAAAAAAAUGGAAGCAAUUUUAGAUUGACUUGAAACUCACCAAACUCUGAGACCAGGCUGACUCAAUUUUACAGCUAGUAGACAUUUCUUAAAAUAUACUUUAUGACCUAAUUAAAAACUUAUCUUGAUAUAAGUGUCAUCAAAAUGAAACUGAUAUAUUUGUUUAAUGAUAGACUGUCAAAUACUUAAUCAUGUACACCUGCGUUAAAGUCAAUUUCAGUCUCAUUUUUCUCAGGACUGUGAAAUGUCAUAUUAAUUAGACAAAAUCAAAUUUUAAUUUCAUGAAUUACUUAAUUUUUUGUUACAUCUUAUGAAUGGUAAAAUAAGAAUCUCUGACUGCAGAUGAAAGAUGUACAUAUCUUAAAUACAGCUUUUAUAAUGUCAUCAUCUUUGUUUGAACUCAGUGAUUUUUUUUUGGUUUCCAUAAUAAUGUUAUAAUAUGCCAUUUCAGUUUGUUUCAUUUUGUGCAAAUAUGUCUUUGUCAAAAUCGUGGAGGUCAAGUCUUAACCUAAAAUCAAACAGCUUGUCAUUAAUGUACUCACAUCAAUGCUCAUUUAUAUGUAAAUUCUACUUAUUAAUUUAAUAUGAAACUGAAAUGGAUUACCAAAGUUCCCAUAUGCUGUGUACUUAUUUAGUGCAAUAUGGAAAAAAAAACAGUGGUCAGGUUAUAUCAUGUAGGUCAAUUACCUGUUACAUUUAUUAUGUUUUGUAUGACAGCAAUACAUUCCUCUCUGACUUAGAGAUUUUCUGUAUAGCCAUAUAUUGUAGCCUAAUAGAUAGGAAAUAAGUGGAAAAAUGUCAAUGUGAGAUUAAAUUUAAUGCAUUACUAACAAUUUUAAACUGUAAUUUCUUUUACAAAGGGCUUUCUUUUUCAUAUGUUUUUAGUAUAUAUAUGCUUAAAAAAUCUAUAAGAUUAUUUCUUUUGUUAUAGGCUUGUAAGUAAAAGUCAAACGACCUUUUUUUGUCCAGAAAUGUAUGGAUAAACAGGGUGAAUUGUUAUGAGUUAGAUAAAUUGUUAUGAGACUGGAAUAAACAACAGGCAAGAAA